CUGAACCCCAAAUCGUCGGAUUAUUGCACAUUGUUUUUUUUUAAUUAUAUGAGAAAAUUAAAAUAUAAUGUUGUAAGAUAGAGGUUUAAGGUAACUUAAGAUUAAUAAAAAAAAACAACUAUAUACACUGACAGAAACUGGGAGCUACAAUACUAUUCUUUCAAGAGAAUCUGUAUAGGAGAAAAAUAAAAUUACAUGUAAAUAACCAAUUAAGCUCUUUAAAUGUGUGCGAGAUAUGGUCAUAUUUUUUUAGUCCUAAAAUAAGGCGUGAAUAUGUAUUUUGCACUUUUUGAAUUCUAUUUUUGUCUGCAUGUACACCACAAUCAUUAAAGUACACUCACAUAUAGCUCCGAACAAUGACUGAAAGGGAUUAAAAAAAAUACUGGCCACGGAAAUUAAUCCAUUGCGAAGAUCGGUGAGAAUGUCAAGAGUGAAACAUAACAAACGAACGCGUGAGAAUUAUAGAGGAGAUAGGGUAAAAAACGCUGAUAUGGUACGGGCAUGUAAGUAGAAUUAAUGACAAUAGACUAGCAUAGCAAGUAUUAGAAUACAAGAAACGCUUCUACUUAUUCGAAAAUUUUUCGCAACCUCAAUGCUUUGUCAAAUUUAAAACGGUCCAGUUUCUACAAAUAUUCGUUAUGGUCAAGCAAGACAUACUUAAUGCAGAAAAAAUAUAUGUUGGGAUGGGUUUUACCGCGCUUUUGCGAAGGUCUGCGGUUAAGAUACUGUAAAACACUUAAAACGUCAAGGCAAUAAAUGCACAAUAUUGUUGGUCGUACAAUUGAUAAAUUCCUAGAACGGUCCUGGAAUGGUUACGGGUAAGGGUCUGCUCGGCAGGGUGUUCUAUGAGGGGCCUGCGGUUUUGGAAUAACAAACAGUAGGCAAAGUUAAUCAAGGGGUAGGUUGUAAAAUACUAUAUUUCUGGCUGAAGUAUACGUAGGAGUGAUUUUUUCUUGUUGUCAAGAGAUCAUCUUGAAGUCACGCUGCGCGCGCGUACCUAUCCCACAUCUGAAUCCAGUGACCCAGUUGUGUGGGUGGUUGUAGUAGUCUCAUUGUUCCGAGUCUCGCCUCGUCUCGAAGUAGGUUAGUGCAACGGGCGCGGUGGUGGGGCGGAGAACGCGCGACCACGCUACGACGGAGCUUUUCCAGGUUCCGCGGUUAGUCAGUUGGUCGUGCAGCCGACCAAGUCGCGGUCGUACUUCGGGCCUGUCCGCGCGCUAUCUCUCUCGCUCUCUCUCGCUCGCCGCGCGUGUGAGUGCGUGCUUGUAUGUGUCUAUAUGUGCGUCUCGAUAUAAUAUGCGAACGAAACGACACCUAAUUAUCGCAUGAGCAUGAGUCCAGCGUCGGCCGGGCCGCUCGAGGUGGAGCGGUACAUCGGCGCCUGUCUAAUUUCCCAACACCACCGUUCAAAUAACAAGAACAACCCGCGCAACCUUUACCAUCGCAACCCUUACGCCGCCGGUGGCGGCGGCGACGGUUGGGCCGGCGGUUUGCCCCUCAUAUCGUUCGCCAACCACCAGAGACGUGACAGCCCCCUGGCCCGAUUGGCGGUUCACGCCCGCGGCGCCCCCCUCAUCCUCGCCAAGAGCUACCAGCACCGGAAAAAUAAACCGCAGCGGGCGGUCGGCAACGACGUCGCCGCCUCCCCCGCCGUGCAACACACCAAAGUGUUUGAGAACUCGAACAACAAGAAACUGAACGUGGACGCGAUCAGUGUGGCGAGCGAUGAAAGUUACGGCUCCCAAAAUUCGGAAACGUGCCUCCCGCGCAUAAUAAAACCGCGCAAGCGGCGGAAAAAGGACCGCAAAGCGCCGCCGCCGCCGCAGCCGCCGCCUCCGAUCAACGUCAAUCACGCGCAUCACCACCGCCACCACCAUCAUCGCGUGCCGUACGAGGGAUUUUUGCCGCCUUUCGCGCUACCCUCGGUCGGAUGUUACGACGACGUCUCCGACGACUCGUCGGAGACGCCCCAGCUGCACCACUCGUUCGAAGACGUCGUCGAAGCGAACGACCCGAACGGGAACCAACCGAGCAGCUCGUGCCAGUGCCGUUACUGUGAUCCCUCCGGCCAGAUCUGGGACGUCGACCGGAGCUGUUACUCGCCGUUGCUGACGUCGCCCAGGACGUUCCGGUUUCCGGGCGGCGUCGGCCCGCCCUCGCCGCCCGACGACUACUGUCUCGGGAUGGCGUCGAUCGUCCUGGACGACGACAAGUCUUCGCCGACGUACUCCAGAUCGUGGUCGUCGUCCAGCAGCAGCUCGUUCGGUUCGGAUCUGGAGGUGUCUACGGAGAUCGUCACGUCGCUGAACGGACUCCGGGACCUGGAAAUCAAGUUCUUCACGCCAGCCUCCGCCGCCAAGGAGAAGGAAACGAACAGAUACUCGUAGUGCUGCGUAUGGACGUGCCCAAAUCGGUUGUUUUGCAAUUUGCGACGGCAGAAAACAUUGAUCAAAAUAAUUUAAAGAGUCCAAGGUAGUUACGAUGUGAGGUUCGUUCCAACGUCGUACCGAACCACGAUCACGCGCACUAAUUCAAAAUCCCAUCGACGGUCAAAACUUCAAGACGGUGUUUUAAUCUUAAGAAAUCUGAGUUGGCGAAGCACUACUUUCGUUGCUUGCACAAUUUCAGUAAAUAACAAAAGUCAACACGCGAUGCUAUCGUUUUUAGUAUUGUUUAGGGUCUUAUUACUAAAAUUCGAGUUGGAACAAACCUAAAUUGUUUGUUCUUUAUCGAUAAUGUCUUCGCCGGGUUCAUUUGCCAAUUUCCACAGUUUGAGAUAAUCCGACCGGCCCGUCCUUUUGCGUAAGUGCCGUUUAUUUUUGUUUCGAAAUUCGUCUCGGAAAAUCGCUAAUUAUUGUUAUACGUCGACUGGGAAAAUUAUUGCUAUUGUCCGCGUUACAUUUCGCCGGUAUCGUGCGGGUGCUCUGCAAUCGUCCGUGAGAAAAAAAAAACCGUCGGCCACAGACACCUGUAAAUUAUUCGAAAUCUGUUUUGGUAUACGUUGUCGAACGAGUGAAAGGUAUUCCGAUGAGGUAUUUAAAGGUCGCCCACCGCCUUGCGCAAAAUCGCUGGCAACGUUUUCCGAAGGCGCGCUCGAACGGUAAUCGUAGUAAAAUACGGCCCCGCCCCCCGCCUUUAACCCCAUCCGUUUUAUCCUUCGGGUUCGAAGGAGAAAAAAUUCGACUUUAUUACGGGUUUGCAAAGGAGAUUGAAGCGAUUAAAAAUAAUCGGGGGUCUUAAGUUACUUGCAGAGCAUGUACGAAUGUGUAGAUCAUGGAGAAACUGACGAUUAUGUCAGGGAAUAUGUUUCAAGCAAAACUAGCCCACCCUCCAGCCUAGGCCACGAGAAAAUAUAAAGCUUGUUCCAACUUUAGUUUGCAAGUCCCCGGUACUAGUCCCGAAAGAUGUUGUGACACUCAAAACAUAUUUAAGAAAAAAUGUUUUUAUAUAAAAACAAACAAAUUUUAUAAGGUGAUAUAAAAAACUAUUCUAUUUAAGAAACGUACGACUAAUAUAUAUUAUUUUUGAAAAUAUGCCGCACGAGGGUGGAGUGAAAAGUUUCCGGCUGACCAAGCAAAACGACGUUCUUAUUAUUAUUAUUUUUGCUUUAUCUGUCAGCAUAAUUAACACUGAUACAGUUCUCGUAACGGUGUUCUAACUUGUUUAUGCCAGUUUUAAACGUAGAUUCGUCAAGCUCCUCAAAAUACCGAUUUACAGCUUCGGUAGCUUCUUCCAACGCUAUUUGAUGGAUUUUCUCAUUCAUUUCCGAUAUUGUGACCUCAACGGGCCGCCCUGAGGGGGCCCGUCAGAGGUGCUCACACGACCAGUUUUAAAUUCAGAAACCCACAGCUUAAUAGUUAAAUAUGAUGCGGAGAUAGCUCCCCUAGUGUUCUUUCAUUUGUUUAAGUGUAAAACCUUUCAAACAGAAGUAUUUGUUGGUAGCACAUUUUUCCAAUUUUUCCAUUCUCACGAAAACAACGGAAUGUGGAAGCGGAAACUUUUCAUCCCAUCCUCGUAAGUGACUAGGUUAAAUGCCGGGACUGGAAAAGUUGGUUCCAACCGAUUCUAUAACGGACAGGGAACCACGCCAGAACCGGAAAUUUUCAGUUUGCCAAAAAUUUUUCAACGCAUUAAAAUUAAUAAAUAACUUGGUCGACUGGAAAUUACCUUUCCGAAACAGUUCUCGUGGCCGGUCGGAACAAAGCUUUUGCGAACCAAUACGUGGAUGUUGAUUGGUUUUCGUGGUUCUUAUUUUGGUUAUAAAUGUAUAGACUAUCCCAGAAAAGCCCCAAAUACAUUUUGGAAUGGACAAGAAACUUUCCAUUUCCAUCUUUUAAGUUUAAUGCCUAAUAACAGUAUCCGAAAUUGUUCCAACCACGCUUUGAAAACUAUGCUGGAACAAACCUAUAAUAUACUGGGUUCGCCAUUUGUAACAAAACUUUUCGUUUUUUGUUUUUCUAUAGAAAGCCGAAGUUUUGUAUGUCCGUCAGUGGAGACGUAGCUUUACGGAGAACCCAGUAAAUUUAGUCAGUCGGGCUCGAAAUCUAUUUCGCGUCGAAACUUUCUCUCCGCAAAUUCGUCCCGGUCGUUUACACCAGAUUCUUUCGGUUCAAUUGGUGCAUUUUCGCGUUUAAGGACCCCCCGUUCGAUCUCUCGUUUUCUCGUAUAGUUUGUUUUCAUUUUUUAUAAGUAGCGUGUACUAACUAACUUUCACCGUUUCGUAUUCGAGAGUGUGAUUUGAUAUGAAGUACUAAAAAAUAGUGUAUGGACGGAUCCGCGAGCCCGUGGCUUUCGUUGAAUUUAUACAGGACGUUUCAAAAAACAUGCGCCGAUAUGUCGUCAUCCAAAUUUACGAAGAAUUAAAAAAGGAAGAAACAAUAUUAUCAUUAUUCCCAUAUCGGGAGGUAUGUUUUGUGUUAUACUUUGAAUAAGCCACUAACAAUGCAACUUUUUUGUGUGGUUUUCGUAUCUUGUCUCGUUUCCGAGCAAAGAAAUAAAAAUAAUGAAAAUUAUCAACAUGUAUUUUCAUAGACAUUUAUUUCAGGACCGCUUGAUAUCAUAAGAAACUUAGUUUUAAAGAAAAUAACCUUAAAAGAAGUGAUCAGAUCAGAACAGAGCGUUGGCUCACGAUUUUUGAAACACCUUGUAUUUUACCGGCAUGACAGUGCACUUCGAGUGAAAAAUCUGUUAACUUAAAAGAUUAACAGCUGUUUGGGCUGGUUUAGGCUUGUACUUCGUUAAAUAUUCGAUUUUUGUUUUCAUUUUUAUGAUGAGGUGUGUUUCAAAAGAAAGAAAGAUAUUAAUAAAUAAAUAAAAAUAAUAAAAUAAAAUAAAAUAAAUAAAUAAAUAAAUAAAAAUAAAAUAUUAAAUAAUAACGUUGUGAUUAAUAAACGUAUUCAAAAAUAUAUAUAAUUCGUAAGAAAAUGGACCCCAAAAAUCGUCUAAAAUUACUGAAAUUCAAAUUUAGGCCGCAAAUAGUUUUGCAAGGUUGCUAUUGAUAAAAUCUACUUGCAAAAUAAUUUAAAACAUUUUCGCACUAUAUAGUUGUUGUUGAAACCUCAAAUAAAUUCCGACAAAUUAAUUUUUAAAAAAUUGUUUAAAGAAAAUUUUAAAUGUCCACUGUUUGGGAGUCAAAUAAGUGUAAUAUAUUAUAACGAUGACUUAGUUGUUUUUUAAAUCAUUUAAAGAAUUUCGGAAAUAAAAUAAACAUUUUUUUUUUCGGUUUUCGGAACGUUUUUUGAAGCACCGAGUUUAUAUUGUAAAGACUUAUAAAUGCGCAAAGUUUUAUGUUAAAAAAUAACUUCUUCAUAUCACCUCUUUAUUUAUAGCAGGUUCUUUUUAAAAUUAUGCACGCCACUGUCUCUGGGCCGUCCAUCCGACAUUAUUUAAAAACCCAAAACCGAAAUGCGUUUUGCCGGACCAGAGCGGACCGGCAGAAUAGAUGAAGACAUCCUCGAAUGCUAAGUGAAUACCAAGCGGCCUCCUCGGGCAUUCUCUCUUCAGGUAGUUAAAACGCGAGACGAUAUAUAUAAAUGCCGCGACGUAUAACCAUGAUAGGCUGUGGGAAACCCAUUUUUUUCUCGUCGCGACCGAACCCAUUUAAUUGGUAUACCGGAGGAUAAAUGAACGGCCGCCGGGCCGAUUUGAUUAUUCAAAAAUAAAAUAGGAAGAAAUUGGCGUUCGCGACAUUCCGAUUUCCUGCGUUAAUUCGUCCGACCGCGUUCGUUUCCCGUUUUAGGACGUCGUAUACCGGCCCCGUAAUCAUAACGGAGCAAUAAAAACGUCAAAUAUAAGAGUGCGCCUAUGUGUUAAAUUAAUUUGCCACAAACGUGCGGCGUUUUUCCGUUUUUUCUGUCCUAGACUUUUUGUGUUUGGCUCUCUUGCGAGUCGUUUUCGCGAUACGUGUACGUUAAUUUUCUUUAUUAACCGUGACACUUUAUUUUCGUUUGUUCUUUGUAACCUUUUCUUUUUUUUUAUUUAUUUGUGUUUCGCACGACGUUUUUGUUAAUUCGGUGCGCCGUUUUAGGUUUACCUGUAUAUUGUAUUGAUCUGAAUAAAAACGAUA